AUGAUUCGAUCAAAACUAUCAAGCUGGCGCGAAUAUUUAACGCCGGUCAGCCAUAAAUCUUCUUUUCAAAAGACCGGUCAAAUAACACCGGAAGAAUUUGUGGCUGCCGGUGACUAUCUUGUGUAUAAGUUUCCAACUUGGUCCUGGGGAAGCGCAUCCCCUUCAAAGCAACGAGAUUUUUUGCCGGCAAACAAGCAAUAUCUUGUUACCAAACAUGUACCAUGUCGACAGAGAGCCAAUGGAGUUGGUGGCGGGUUGCAAUUGAACAAGGAGUUCGAGGUCGAGGACGACUGGAUGGUGAGCGCAGAGGUUGACUCACCUGUCUUGCAUUCUUCAGAUGUUGAAGAGGGUGCAAUUGGUGACGCCGAUCUUGCGGACCUUGAAGAGGCUGACCUGGAGGAGGCUGAUUUGGAGGGUGGUGAACCAGUGCCCACGGGAGACCACAAGACGACUUCGGAGGAUCGCACUUACAAUGUGUUCAUAACCUAUUCGACCUCGUACCGCGUGCCGAAAAUUUAUUUAUCUGGAUUUGAUGACAAUGGUGCGCCACUGCCGCCAAAGUUAAUGUUUGAAGAUAUUCUGGGAGACUACAAAGACAAGACUGUCACCAUUGAACCGGCUCCCUUUCUAGACGAUCUUACUCUUAUUUCCAUUCAUCCUUGCAGACAUGCGGGUGUUAUGCGCAUGUUGCUCGAUAAAGCCGAGGCCAAAGCUCUUACAGAAAAAAAUCAGAAACAAGACGAUGACUGGGAGGAGUUCCCAGCCGGGAUCCGGGUCGAUCAGUAUUUGAUUAUUUUCCUCAAGUUUAUCGCUAGUGUGACUCCAACGAUUGAGCAUGAUUUCACCAUGACGGCGCUCUAG